AUGUCUUCUCUGCCUGCCACGCUUCGCAGUAUUCCGUCGAAGUACGGUGGACUCUUCCGGAUCGGCCUGUCCGAUCUCGGGUCGCCAAUCCCGAGAGCGACAAGCCCAGUCCCGAGCGACUCGAUCGGCGCCGAGACUGCACUGCCGCGGGACCCCACAUACCUAGACUCGCGCCAGCGGAAUCGGCUCCGCUCCGUCUCGUUCAUCAUGUCGCAGUAUCCUCCCCAAGGUGGCUACCCUCCUCAGGGCUACCCUCCUCCUCAGGGCUAUCCUCCUCAGGGCUACCCUCCUCCUCAGGGUUAUCCUCCGCAGGGUUACCCGCCUCCGCAGCAGAUGCAAUACCAGGAAGCUCCCCCGCCUAAGGAAGAGAAGAGCCACGGCUGCUUGUACACUUGCAUUGCCACUCUCUGCUGCUGCUGGCUCUGCGCGACACGACUCCCGCGCUCUAUGUUCCCGAAAUCCGAACCCAGAGACAUCGGCAACGGCGACCUGUGA